AUGUCGGUCACAACGAUUCCGCUCGAACCCCUUAUAUCGACGGCACGUGCGGAGACGAGUCACGCCGGCGCAGCCAUCCGAGACGUUCAAUAUGACCGAACACAACCGGAGAAGAAAGGGAACGUGGGGAUGAUGGUCAGCGACAGUAAGGCUGCGGCGACCGUGAACUUCUCUGGCACAUCAUCGUUUAGAGAAAAACAACCUUCGUCCGGCCUUCAUUUCCUGACUGCAGAACACCCGCUUUUCCCACCGAUGCCGUCGUAUGGCCCACCGUCUGUAUUGCGCAGGGUCCAGUACUAUGCGUUCAUUGCUGCCUCGUUCUUUCUGUCACUGUGCUUUUUGACAGUCAUAUUUGUCGGGGCCCUGGUUCACACAGCCGGAGUCGCAAUUUCGGAAACUCGUCUGCGAUGCAGUGGUCACAACCCAGACACGAGGAGAUCGUUCUAUACAGAGGAACAGGCGCGUAGGAAGGCCCGGGCCAAUGCUGACCGGAGAUGGGCUCUGCGCCAACAGAAGAGGGAUAUGGACGAGGAACAUGGGUCCGACGAAUGCCAAGAAUUCCCAUCAUUGGAAGGAGGCAAGGAUCCUGUGGUUGGUGACGUCGCAUACUAUGCCCGCCGAGUUGGUCUCGACGUGGAAACAUUUCGUGUUCAGACAGAGGACGGUUUCAUUAUCACCCUGUGGCACGUGUACAACCCCCGGGAGUAUGAGGCAUUGUCACCAGAAGAACGGCGUGAGCGUGGACCUGAUGUUUUCACCAAGUCAAGAAUGCCGAAUACAUCUCGUCAAUCUAACCGUCGGUAUCCUGUUCUCCUGGUCCAUGGAUUGCUGCAAAGCGCUGGUGCAUUCUGUACCAACGACGAGGAUAGUCUGGCAUUUUAUCUCUGCAAGUCAGGGUAUGAUGUUUGGCUAGGGAAUAACCGCUGUGGAUCACAACCCGAGCACACUAUUUUGUCGACCGAUGAUCCGCGUAUGUGGUCUUGGGACAUUCGGCACCUCGGGACCCUGGACCUGGCAGCACUCACAUCACGUGUUCUCUACGAGACUGGCUUCAAAAAGCUAGGUCUCGUGUGUCACUCCCAAGGAACUACGCAGACAUUCGUUGCUCUAGCCAAGGAACAUCGUCCUGAGCUGGGUGAAUACAUCUCGGUUUUCUGCGCGCUUGCACCGGCUGCGUAUGCCGGCCCACUUGUGAGCAGAUCGUAUUUUCGGUUUAUGAGCCUUCUCUCUCCCGCGAUGUUCCGAGUAAUCUUCGGUAUCCACUCUUUCAUUCCCUCCAUGAUGACCGCUCGGCGUCUACUCCCGCCUAGGAUAUAUGGAACUUUAGCAUAUUGGGUGUUCUCCUCUUUGUUCGACUGGUCAGACACGCGUUGGGAGCGUGACCUGCGCCAUCGAAUGUUUCAAUUCGCUCCUGUAUAUGUCAGCGCCGAGUCAAUGCGCUGGUGGCUGGGAAGCGACAGCUUUGCAAAACAUAAAUGUAUUUUGUCCACUGACAACGAGCUCCUCCAAGAGACAAACGCGGGCCCGCACAUGCGAGACCCCGUUUCUGAUCACGGUGACGAUCCCGCAGACGCUUGUUUAGGAACUUCGGCUCCGAGCCCAUGGUAUGGCCCGAGAACACCCCCAUUUGCAUUCUGGAUCGGAGGCUCCGAUGCUCUUGUUGAUGGUCGCCGGCUUCUGGAUCGCUUCCAAAGCGGUCGUGAGCCCCAUGUGAGUCUCGUUCAUUCGAAAAUCAUUGAAGAAUAUGAGCAUCUUGAUGUACUUUGGGCGAUGGAUGCGAUCGAACAGGUUGGUAGGGAAGUCAGUCAGGUCAUUUGGACAACUGUGCCUGAUGAUGCACGUCAGAUAUGUCGUACCCCGCGCGGUUUGAAUCUAGACAUUGUAGACAGGGGUUAG